UGUGAUUAGUGGGUGUGUGUUGUCUUUUCCCCUCAUUCAGUGCGACGUUUUUAUUAAAGUUGUAAGAUGGCGACGGUGCAUCUGAGGAUCGGGGACCUAGUGUGGGGGAAGCUUGGUCGUUACCCACCAUGGCCAGGAAAGGUAGUAAGCCCUCCCAAGGACCUGAAAAAGCCCAGGGGCAAGAAAUGCCACUUUGUGAAAUUCUUUGGAACUGAAGACCAUGCCUGGAUCAAAGUAGAACAGCUGAAGCCCUACCACGCCCACAAAGAGGAGAUGAUCAAGAUAAAUAAAGGAAAGCGCUUCCAGCAGGCAGUCGAUGCAGUGGAGGACUUUCUAAAGAAAGCAAAGGGGAAAGAACAGAACUCAGAUGGCAAAGGAGAGUCAAAAGGAAAGAAAACGCCCAACAAGCCACUGAAAAUACUGGAGGAGGAUGAUGAGGAUCUCAGUGCCCUGAAGGACCCCUCUGAGAAGGACUUAACUGACUCUGACCCCGAGCCGUCCACUAUUGAGAGGCUGGGGGCUGGACCUGGCUCAGGAUUCAAAUGGGAAAGCAGUCCUGUGAAGGACGACCCACAUUUCCAUCACUUCCUGCUCAGCCAGUCGGAGAAGCCAGCCUCAUCAAUGGAACCCAUUAGCAAGCGCCUGAAGAUCAUUGAAGAGGACUCGGGGUCAACUUCUAUCCAAGCAGCAGACAGCACAGCCAUCAAUGGCAGCAUCACACCCACAGACAAAAGGAUAGGGUUCCUGGGUCUGGGGCUGAUGGGUAGUGGGAUAGUUUCCAACCUGUUGAAAAUGGGUCAUGUUGUCACAGUGUGGAACCGCACAGCAGAAAAGUGUGACCUAUUCAUCCAGGAGGGAGCCAGGCUAGGCCGGACUCCUGCAGAGGUGGCGUCCAUGUGUGACAUCACUUUCUCUUGUGUGUCAGACCCAAAGGCUGCCAGGGAUUUGGUGUUGGGACCCAGUGGAGUGCUGCAGGGAAUCAGGCCAGGCAAAUGCUACGUAGAAAUGUCCACUGUAGACCCAGAGACCAUCACAGAACUCUCACAGGUGAUCACGUCGCGGGGCGGCCGUUUCCUGGAGGCUCCGGUGGCGGGAAGCCAGCAGCUCUCCAACGAUGGGAUGUUGGUCAUCCUGGCAGCUGGUGACAGAACAGUCUAUGAGGACUGCAGCAGCUGCUUCCAGGCCAUGGGCAAGACCUCCUUCUUCCUGGGUGAAGCGGGGAAUGCAGCAAGGAUGAUGCUGAUCCUCAACAUGGUGCAGGGCAGCUUCAUGGCCACUAUCGCAGAGGGGCUAACCCUGGCCCAGGCCACUGGCCAAUCACAGCAGACCUUCCUGGACAUCCUGUGCCAGGGCCAGAUGGCGAGCACCUUUGUGGACCAGAAAUGCCAAAAUAUUUUACAGGGCAACUUUAAGCCUGACUACUAUUUGAAACAUAUUCAGAAAGACCUGAGGCUAGCUAUCUCCAUGGGUGACAUGGCCAACCAUCCAACCCCAAUGGCUGCAGCUGCCAAUGAGGUUUACAAGAGGGCAAAGGCACUGGACCAGUCAGACAAUGAUAUUUCUGCAGUCUACAGAGCCUACAUUCACUAGAGCGAGGUGUGACCGAUCCUCUGGACCACACAGUCUUUAAUCCCUUAUUAUUUCUCCUCGUCAUGUAAUGAGUUUUUAUUUUAAAUUCUAGUCAUUUUAUUUCAUUUUGCUCCCAACGCCAGCCAUGUUACCUGCCCACAAAUCAUGGGAUAAUAAUUCCUUAUGUUAGAAGCAACCUUGAGCAUUGCACUGACUGUACUGGGAAGGGGGAGAGAUAUACGUUGUAAGAGUGCUACAAAUGAGGUUGUACUGCUACAGUCUGCUGUGGUGGGGGGCAGUUUGUCUGGUUUUUGACAACUACCAGUAGAAGUAAUGCAGGGUGUUUGGCAAGGAUGUGGGGUCCAGUGCCACUGUGAAAAGCAGGCGGGGUGUCCAGCUCAAGCCAGAGAAAUUGCUGUCAGGUUUUGUGGAUGCACCAACCCUAAUGGGUUUUUUUUUGUUUUUUUGGUUCAUGUGCAAAUGAGUUUAUUUAAUUGAGUGUGAUCUUUGCUUUUAUUUUAAAUGUCCAGAAUUCCAUGAGAGAAAAACACAAGAACAUGCCACUGCAUUGCCUUAAUAAUGUAACCCCUCGAGUCUUUUGAUAAUAGAUGUAUUUAUUUCUUUUUCUUUCUAGGUCUUCUCGGUACAGUUAGGCCAUGCCAUGUUUCUGUAUUUGACUAGAUGGUUUAUGCUUUUACGUUGGUGUCAGUGAUCUUUUUUAAACAGGUUAAAGACAGAGCAACAGAUGUGUUGAGGCCUUUAAAAUGCAGUAAUAAUUGGUAUUUCUCACCAAGACUUAAGAUUACCACAUUUGAAAUCCUUGUGUUUUUGGAAGAGUUCUCAAUUCCACUGUGUUUUUCUUUUUUAAAUAUAUUUUUCUGAACCCAGAUAAAUCCACCUGUUGCAUUUUAACUGGAGGCUUUAAUUUAGCCCCAUGUCAUUGUGCUUUUUUCCCCCCUGGUAAUUAGUGUUAAGAAGUUGUGGUUGAGCUUUCAAGGCCAAUUUUAGACCAUUGUGGGUUACAAGUACACAAUUAAAGCCGCAGUAGUUAAUUUUUAUAAAAAUAUUUUGUCAUUUUUGCUUAAACUUUCACUUUCCUGACCAUAGUACAUGAGACAGAUAAUCUGGGAAAAAAACGGGUCCCUAAGGAACAACCAGAGCACAGAAAAAUAGUUGAUUUUUGAGUCUUAUUCCCAGGGCGUCAAAUACCAAUAUUAAUAGAAAUGAGUAAUGUAUAGUAAUAUAUGCCAUUAGGAGCACUAGGAGGAGCCAGAGGAACCCGAUUUCCCCCCUCCCCCCAUAUUAUCUGUCAUGUUCUACUGUUAGGAUAUAGUGAAAGUUUCAGCAGAUAUGAGUUAUUUUUAUAAAAGUGACCUAUUGCAGCUUUAAAAACUGAACUAAAACCAUCAAGUUGGUUAGUGGUUUCAUAAGUUUUAAAGGCUGAAAGCUGUAGUAUAAAUAUAACCUGUUGAACUCCUCACAUGGCACUAGUAAGACAAACACAACUCACUUCAGCUAAACUGUUAAUAUGCUAAAUAAGGAAAUGCAACAGUCAGGGCCCCAAACCAAAUGUUAACAUGGAUUCUGUUUUAUUAUUUAUUUAUUUUUAUAUUUGCCUCAAACAGAUUUCAGCUCACAUAAAGGGAGGGACAGCAGGUGGUCACAUCGCAGGGGGGGAGGCAAUCUUGAUUACAUAGUAGGUCUUCGCAAGUCCACCCAACGAGACUGAAACAUUUCUCAAUGGACAUAAGGUCAUGACAGAUUCAUCAUAUACGUUGGCUGAUAAUUGACAAGAAAUGCCAGAUUCCCAAAUUUAAGUUAGAAAUCAUUUAGAAACAGUGUCUACAUAAUUUCUGACAAGUUACUUUUUUUUUAAAAAGUGAAAAGUCCUGCUCACUACAUAUUGUGAUCACAGUACUUUAGGAAACCGAUUGGAGGAUUGUUAGCACAUUUCUUACCUCUCAAAUGUUGGUAUCUGCCUCAAAAAUUCAGUCCAGGUCAUCUCCGCUCCAAUCCAAAUUAUCAGUCUAAUCAGGUCAGGUCAGUCUUUUACAGCAGGUCUCAGGUCUGUGUGUCAAUAUGCCUAUUGCCUGAGUGGAUCCAAGGGGACUCUAAUCACUACUUAUAUAUCACAAUUGGAAAAUUAACUGUAAAAUGGCCUGUAUUAAUGUUCCUGAAUCACCGUAUUCUGGAUCAGGUCUAAUUGUCCCUUUCUAAGUCCCAACCCUUCUUUCUCUAUGCUCCAAUAACCGUUGAGCAAGCCAAGUGAAGAACCCCAGUCAACUUUCUUCUUUCCUGUUCUUUUGCUAUGUGCUAAGCUCGUCUUGUUGGAAAGACAACCACAUUUUAAAGAUGGUUAAAAGAUAAAGGCUCAUAUCUUUUAGAUAAAACGCUAGCUAGCUAGUUAGUCCUCGUUUUACUACAGACCAAACCACUAACUUGCUAAUCUACAUCAAUCCACUUCAAUCAUUAGCUAUUAAAGUAUCAAUUAUUAUAGCUUGCCACCGCUAGUUAGUUAGCAUUUUGCUACAGAAAAACCACUGACUAGCUAAUCUACAUCAGUCAUUAGCUAGCUAGUUACAUCUGAAAGCUAAUGUAAGGAAAACGCUAGCUAACUAAUUUACUGCUGUCAAUAAUUAGCCAGUUAGCUAACUUCUUGCUAACAUAAGCUAACUUAACAGGUGACUAUAUAUGGCUCUUGUAUCUUUUAAGCAUCUCCAAAAUGUGGUGGUCUUUUCAACAUAGACGAGGCUAGCACCUAGCAUAUCUAAGUAGAGGAAAGGAGUUGACCGAGGUUCCUCUGGGUACCUGAUUGGAGCACAGAGCGAAAAGGGACUUAGGAAGAAUAAACCAACAUAUUUUUAUUUUUUUACUAUGAACCUUAGAUUUUGGAGUCUAUUUUGGACACAGUUCAGAAUUCUGGACCCAUGAAGACCUCUACUAUGUAGCCUAAAACACACCCUACAAUGACAAUGCCCAACAUAUGCCAAAGAAACGUGGCAUGGCAAGAGCCGAGUUCUGUCUGUCGGUGUUCUGAUAGAAGCUCAAAUCAAACAAGACAGCUUUAAUCAUCAGUCGGUUCCAGUUGGAGCACUUGUCCUGACCACUAAAAACUCCAAAUAGAACACAAUGAGUCUGUGUUUGCGGGUAUUAUUUUUGGACUAAUCAUUGGGAAGUAGAUGCAGAAAUGGGUUAAUCAAGAUGUCAAACAUGGCAGCAAAUAUGUGUCUUUCUUUUCCUUCAAGAAUAAUGUACAGAAAAAUGUCUAAGAGAGCACAUCAAUUGUCGACCCCACUGUCACGAUCUUGGAGGUAACUAGCAACAAGCCCUGCUGUUCUUUCACUAGAACCUGUACAGUAUGCCGUUGAGACACAGGAAGCACAGAAGGACAGUGUGCACCUGCAGAAAAUUGUACUUGCUUCCUUUCAGCGACCUCAUGGUGUUUCAGUUUUUAUCAGUUUCCUCUGUAAAUUAAUGAAAAACAGAAUCAUUUAGUUGCAUCCUAAGAAUCAAGUGUCCCACUUAGACAGAUUUUCUUUUUGCCAAACAAUUUCCAUGUAAGGUUUUUAAUUUUGGUUCCCCUUACACUCUGGUGUAAAGAACUGUUUUUAGAAGACAGAUGUAAAUAGCACAUUAGGUUGAGUAGGGUUUCUUUUAUAUCUACGAUAACUGGGAUUAAUGAAAAAAACUACUUUUGCUUUGACUCUACAGAGCCACUGUCUAACAUCUUUGUGUCUUAAUACUGUCGAUUGUUCAGUUCAAGUGUAAAUGGUUUAUUAAUAUGUGGCUUAUAUAAUCUGGCUUAUUAUUGCAUUGAAAUGACAAUGAUUUGGAUCCCGUCAACAGAAGAAGGGUGUAACUUGUUUUGGGGGAUAUUUAUGAUUUUGUGUACAUGUGGAAAUAUCAAGACUUUUGUGCUGUUUAAUAAAUCCUCUCCUGAUUACUGA